AUGCAGCUCUAUCGCUCUAUAAGCGGUUCUGUCUCCAAGACAUGGAAUUCUAUCAAUCCGGCCACUCUUAGCGGGGCUAUUGAUGUCAUUGUCAUAGAGCAAGAAGAUGGCACCCUCGCUUGUUCGCCCUUUCAUGUCCGGUUUGGCAAGUUUUCGCUAUUACGUCCAUUCGAGAAGAAGGUGGAGUUCAACGUGAACGGGAUAAAACAAGACUAUGCCAUGAAAUUAGGAGAGGGUGGCGAGGCAUUCUUCAUCUUUGAAACGACCGAUGACAUCCCCGCAUCCUUGCAGACCUCGCCGUUGGUAUCUCCAGCAGCCAGUCCAAGAGCCCAGAGCGAACCGGAUCUUCUACCUUCGCUGCAGGAACCAGACUACCUUGACCUAGAUAAAGAAAGCGGGGAUGCAUUGUCGGAAGGCGCAAAGACCCCGCCGGCGAUGGGGAUGCCGUUACGGGCAAAUACGGACAUGGGGACAGUAACACCCUUAUCGCCAUCUCUCGAUGAAUCCAACGUGGCCCGUUCACGGCACGGCUCCUUGAGCGAUAAACCGCCGCUUGAUCAUACACUCUCGGAAAACGUGCUCUCGACCAGCUCUCCUCAACAAUCUCUCUCCGGCCAAUCUGCAAAUGGGAAUGAUGAACCCCGUGAUAUUGAUAUCGAGGGCGAAACACAGCGUCCUCGUAGUCCUCCUCUGUCUGCCCAGGAAGCGGUCUCUCGAGCCAUUUCGCUGUCAAAGAAGCUGUCUGGUUCUAAUAUUCCAUCACAUGUCACCGAGACCGGGGAUCUAAUGUUGGAUAUGACUGGUUACAAAAGCAACGAAGAAGAUGCCCUUCGCGCGGAGGUUGUUGCACGCAAGAUUCUUGCGGAAGAGCUUGAAGGAAGCUAUGAUAUCGGUGCACUGAUUGGAGCCGAUGAACAUGGUAAUCUAUGGAUAUACAGCAGCGAAGAGUCCAAGGAAAUGGCCGAUCGGAGAGCCACUCUUCACUCCAUGCGACCAAACAUAGCGAUGAGCGAUGAUGCUCUCUCCGACCCAGGAUAUCAUAGCGAAGGCGAAAACGCUGUUUUGGAACCAGCAUUGACUACGCGCCAUCACCGAACCAAAUCAGAUGUUCAACCCGGCUUUCCCACACCCCCAGAUUCACCCUUGCAUGAGUCUUACCCCAUCGAAACCCGCAACUAUGCCAAGACACUUCGCUUGACAAGUGAUCAACUUAAGGCCUUGGAGCUGAAGCCCGGCGCCAACACAAUGUCUUUCAGCGUCAACAGAGCAAUUUGCACUGCAAACAUGUAUUUGUGGAAUGGCAAUACUCCGAUCGUGAUUUCUGAUAUUGAUGGAACUAUCACCAAAUCAGAUGCGUUGGGACAUGUUCUCAAUAUGAUCGGACGCGAUUGGACGCAUACGGGAGUUGCCAAGUUGUACACCGACAUUGCCAACAAUGGGUACAAUAUUAUGUAUCUUACAAGUCGAUCUGUAGGCCAGACUGAUACUACACGAGCCUAUCUUCACGGCAUUUGCCAAGAUGGAUACAGACUACCAAGAGGUCCUGUGAUCUGCAGCCCCGAUCGCACGAUGGCCGCUCUGCGGCGGGAGAUCUACUUGAGAAAACCCGAAGUUUUCAAGAUGGCAUGUUUGCGGGAUAUUCUCAACCUCUUCUGCGGCAAAGAGAAUCCCUUUUAUGCCGGCUUCGGAAAUCGAUUAACAGACGCAUUGAGUUAUCGUUCUGUGAACAUUCCGUCUACUCGGAUUUUCACAAUCAACUCUAAUGCUGAAGUGUCUCUGGAUUUGCUUAGUCUGAAUAAGUACAAGAGCAGUUAUGUGACCAUGCAAGAGCUGCUCGACCAUUUCUUUCCACCAACUAGCCUUCUUGUACACGACGGUGGCGAGGAAUAUACGGACUUCACAUACUGGAGAAACACACCGCAUGAGAUCGCAGACUUCUCGUCAACAGAUAGCGAGGAUGAAGACGAGGAAGAUGUCGAAGAAGAACUAGCCGAAGAAGAAGAGGAAGAAGAGGAAGAGGAGGAAGAAGAAGACUACGAUGAAGAAUUAAGCGAUGGUGAAGGCAGCGAGUACCUUGAUGAGGCUGAGUUGGCCGAGGGCGAUCUCGGCGCAAGCUACAUCUCGCAGGACUCGGUUGCCUUGUCCAACCAAGCAGCCUCAAUAAUUGAGGCAGUGGAAGGCGAUAUAGGUGCCGAAGAAGGGGCUAUCGGUGAAGAGGAACUGUCUCCCGUCAUCGAGAAACCACAAGAAACAACCGAACCGAGCACAACCGAACUUCCCAUCCGGUCCAAGAUACCGCAAAAUCUUUGA